CCCCUAAAAUGACUCCCGGCACGUUGUUUUUUUUCUGGUAUCCUCGGGGUAAGGUGAGAAGAAGGUUUAGGAAAUUCCAAGGGUUGUUUGCUGUGCAGAGGUGCUUGGUUGGAUUUUGCAAUCGUAUUUGUUUGAGCAGGAAGCAACCUUAACCGCCCAGACGGACACCAUGGUGAGCUGGCCACUUUUUUGUUGUUUCACUGGUGUGCAAAAAAACCUCUUGCAGAUAUUACCAUAACCUGUAACAGUGCCGAAUGAUUGAAGAGGCAGAAUGGCAAAGGAUGAGGAGAAAAAGUAUUGCAAUCAUUUUGCAUGAAUUGCUGAUUUAAAUUGAUUCAUUUCUUGGAAAACAUUAGUCUCUUGUAAGUAAAGAGAAUAAAGGUGAUGAGAUCACAGCAUGUUCCUUCUCGAAUAGGAGGUUGCUAUGAUGUGUUUAAAAUUCCUCCUUAGUUACACAUUCUUGAAACACGGAUUAUCCAAUCCGGAGUAAAAAUCAACCAUCCGCAAAACGUGAUGCAAAUGCAACGUAAAUACUAUCGGAAGACUCUGUCAACUGUCGCAUGUUUAUAUUUCUGUUUUUGAACUGAUUCCACGCUUCCUAGAGUGUGCCAACCAAUCUGAUCUUAAAUAAUCUAAACUUCUGCUAACAACACUCGAAACCGUGGAAGAAUAUUUGUUUAUGAUUUGUUUAUGAGCCCUUGAACCCUCCGCGCCCUGCUGACCUAUCCCACAACGAGGAUGACACUCGAAGAAAUGCCACGGUGAGAUAGCUACAUAUGGCACGCGAUAGAAUGCCAAAAAAAAAACGGAAACACUGCCCUACACACCCUUCGUACAUCGUUGACGAGGCGGACACGAUUGACAAACGGAAAGACAGGUUCGACGAGAGUCAGAUUCCAAUUUCCACAUGCUCGCUCGUGACACGAUAUCACAUUCCAGUGCACGCGAAACCCCGUGUCGCCGUUUGUUUGGUGUUCUUUAUUUUAUGCUCCGUUCCGUUUGCACUUGACUCUACCGGACCCGCAUCGCUGAAAGCAGUACGGUUCUGCUGCCUCAGUUGUUUUCAACGCUGUUGUGUGUAUGGUUGGUUGUGCUGUGUGCAUGCACACGUCACAGCAGCUACCGUCAGCGUACGAGGGUGAGGGUUUUGUGACUAUCAUCAUCGCACCAGUGCCCUAUCACAUCGCUGGAGACAACAUCAACAGUGGAGCAAACUGUAAACACACCUUUUGGAAGUGCGUCUCCACGUCGUUCACCGCGCAAAAGCACCACCACACCAUCAUCAAUUGACUCUGUUCGGUAUCGUCGUGUGCGGGUGGAAGUCGCUCGUCUAGGUUCUCCCACCAACGCCCGAUGGGGGUAGAUUCUAUAGGCGUAUGCGUUUUUUGUUGUCUCCAACGGUUCGCCCGAUUUACGCGCGAUUUAUAGCAGUUUCGUUCGAGUUGUCGCGGUUGAUCGAUGGCCGGUGGGGUACUGCGCUCCCGUUUACGAUAAUUUCGCAUCGGGCCAAAGGUGGUGCACUAGUAUCCAGCAGUGGCUCUGUGGAGUGUGGACUCAAUUGAAGGUGGCCAGUAGGACGUUUCAAUUUUGGUGCAAUAUUUAAACGGGACGCCCCAGACGCAACGAUGAUGAUCAUGCGGAAAGCUAGAAAACAGGAACCGAUACAACGUGUGAGGGUCGUUUUGCGUAACUUUUAUUUCAGAGAUCUGCACGAAAACAACAUAGACGUGGCGAGCAUCGUGACGACAGCGGCCACCGGUAGUGCGAUGGCUGCUAUGGUAACUACAAAUGGGCCUAUCGCCGAGCAGCACGAUCAACUGUCGCUGGAACCAUGUCCGUCGACCAGUUCCGGGAAAGGGCAACAAUCGCCACAGCCACAGAUAGUGGUAGGCACCAUUGAGCUGAAUAAUUUAAAUGGAGAUGUUGCUAGCAACAAGCAGGAGAAGGAAAUCGGUACGAGUAACCAGUUCGAACCACUUACACUGAUCGACGAGGAUGAUGAGGAUAAGGAUCGGAACUGUUCGAAUGCCCAUUCGUCAUCGUCCCUGCUCUCGUCCAAUAACGAUAAUCGUUCGACGGAGGAAAAUAACCUGCACAAUGCGAACACACUAUCGAUCAGUGAACAGCACAGGAGUCGGAACAGGCGUCGCAGCAGUCAAAAGGAUCGUCGCAGUGCCGAGGAUAUCGAUUCGAUCGAUCAGGCAGACAGUGCGGUUGACGUAACGCACGAGGAGGAACCGAAUGUGUUUGACGACGAGGAAGAAGAUGCCCGGGAGAAGGAGCACAGUGCUUCCGGUGCAAACCACAUAAUGACGGUGCACAGGCGCAAAAACAAACUAUCUCGACAAAGACGAUCGCCGGUUCUGCCCCAUCGGGACGUGGUAGAUGGUGAAGAAGAACGAAAAGAACCGUACGAUAAGGCGGUGACAUGUCUGUAUUGGUCGCUUGCCUGUUGGGAUUGUAACAUUUCGUAACCCGUUUUGCCAAAAGCGUGCGUUGAACGACAGCUAGCAACAUAGUAAUUAAGGAAAGAAAAAAAACAACUCGUCACUAUUGGCUUCAUACCAGCACGGCACUUAAAUGAGCCGGAACUUAAAAUAAUUCCGCUCAAGAAGCAGAGAUACAUUCUGGACAAGAAAUUGGUUUAAGUGAGCAAAAAAAAAAUGAGUGAUUGUGACAACAAAAUUAACUUAAAACUGUUAACGGUAAAGUUACGAAACCCCCCGAGACUUGUGUGUGAUGGUCGUUUUUUGAUCGUCAAACUCGAAGCAGCAAUACAGCAAUCUCAGUAUUUUCGCAUUUUGCACAUGAAAAACAGAUUUAUACAUAUUUUUCGGACGUAAUUUACACAAAAUUAAGCGCUAAAGUUAGUGAAGUAAAGCAGAAAAUAAUUUAUACGAGUUUGUAGCAGGUGAAAACACUUGAGCAAUUAAAGGUGACUUCCACUUGAAAUGUGAACUAUGUAGAGACUCUUGAGCCCUGCUGGGCAAUGAUUACGAUGAGUAAAUACUAUUUAUCAAGGCAGCCAAUAAAUGUAGAAACUAGUUUUUUUGUAUAGAAACAAACAAUAUGAA